UAUCCAAAAACGCGAAAAAAUUUUUGCACUAAAGCAGAUUUUGAACUAAAGUUUCUCCUAAACAGUGUAGAAACUGGAGUUCAAGUAAAAUCCGAGAAAAAUAUGGACAACGGCAAGUGGCAAGACUCAAUGGAAAAAGAUCAACGAGACAGACGGUCUAGAUCUAGGUCACCUCUAGAGAAAAAUAACAAAUCAAAUAGAAGUAGAGAAUCAAGUACAAAUAGAAAUUCUCGACAAUCUAAGGGAAACAGAGAUCGCUCACCAAGAGGAAGACGCACAAGAGCUCCUACAAAUAGACGCAUAUAUGUUGCAAAUAUACCAUAUGAUUGCAAGUGGACUAUAAUAAAGGACCUAUUUAGAGAAAAAGUUGGUGAUGUAUCCUAUGUUGAACUUUUUGAGGAUGAGAGUGGAAAAUUCAGAGGUUGUGGGAUUGUUGAAUUUAAAGAAGCAUCAUCUGUGCAGAAAGCUGUGGAUCUUUUACAUAGAUAUGAGUUUAAGUCACGUCAGCUUGUUGUCAAAGAAGAUUUUGAUGUGGAUCGUGACAAGACUGGUAAACCAUUAGGACGUAGCCGUGGUGGUGGAGGAGGAGGAGGAAUGAAUAACAUGGAUCGAGAUCGUGAUGAUUUUGGUGGACUUGGAGGCAUGGGAAAUCUUGGAAACAAUAACACACCCCAGUACACUACCUAUGGCUUAAGUCCCCAGUUUUUAGAUGCACUAGGCAUCAAAGGACCUUUGACGUGUCGAGUUUUUGUUGCUAAUCUGGACUAUAAGGUUACUACACAGAAAUUAGAAGAAGUUUUUAAAUUAGCUGGAAGAGUUGUGAAGAUUGAUUUGAAAAGAGAUGAAGAUGGUAACAGUAAAGGUCAUGGAACUAUUGAAAUGGGACAUCCUGUUGAAGCUGUUCAAGCAAUUUCUAUGUUUAAUGGGCAGAAGUUUUAUAACAGAACAAUGAGUGUGAGAAUGGAUAAAAAGCACAAAGAUGAUGGGGAGGAUAAGCGGUUGCCUGAGGGUUUGCAAAGUGUUGGCAAAGGACUGGGUGCUAAUGGUCUUCCACUUCAUUUAUCAAAUUCUUCUGCUGUAAAUAACAUGGCAACCAGUGGGUUGACACCUGUGGGUGGUCUUGGAGGCGUUGGAGCUGGCAGUCUUGGUCUCAUGCCAAAUCAAAUGACAUCAAGUGUCGUUGGUGCCAGUGCUACUGGCAUUCCCGGCCUUGCUGGUAUUGGUAUGGGAAUUCAAGAAAGGAACUUCUCCAAUCUUAAUGCCGGUGUUGGUGUAGGUGGUGUUGGUCAAAGUUUAGGUCUGGGAAGUACAGGAGCUGCUGGCCUUGGCAAUCCAAGCUUGCUACCUGGAGGACUAGGUACUAUGUCUAACACUCCAGGUGGUCUUGGAGCUGGUGGUCUUGGUGGAGGACUUGGAACGUCUCUUACUGGAGGACUUGGAGGGACUGGAUUAUCUCUAGGAGCCACUGCUGUUGGUGGUGCUGCUGGACUUGGAUAUAGUGAUUAUGAUAGAUCAUUUGACAGAGCUGAUGAUGGUUAUCGCAAUAGUCGAAGUUCGGAUACCAUUGUUGUGAGAAAUCUCCCGAUGACUUACACAUGGCAAAAUCUUCGUGACAGGUUUCGUGAAAUAGGUGACAUUCGUUACACUGAAAUGAAAGGACGUGGCACUGCAAUUGUGCGUUUCACAUCAGAACGAGAUGCACAGCGUGCAGUUGAUCAUAUGAGGGGAGCUCGCAUUGAAGGACGUGUUCUUGAUGUUUCAUUGUAUUGAGAUUUCUACUUCCAUUUGCUUGAUGACCAUUUUGAUUCCUUAUUUCAACUUUUAUAUUCUUCUUCGUUUGCUCUUAAUAUUUUGAAGAAGUUUCUUUACGUUUCAAGACUCGCUUCUUUCACAAGUGAACUUUGUUUUAAAUCAUAUAUUUAAAAAUAGACUGCUCAUCUUCCAUGUUGGUUGCUGCAUCUUUUCAAGCUUUUACUGGAAGUUUUCGAGAACUGUUAAUCUAUGCAAAAUUUUAUUUACUGAGUUCUUUGUUUUGUGAAAAAUUACAAUUUUCAUAUUUUUAAAUAUUCUUGUUAUCCGUGUAGUUAUUCUAUCGAAGUUGUAUGGAAUGCAAAUAGAUUGCUCUACCUCGUCUCUUUAGUUAAUCGUAAUUCAUUCGCACAUUAAAUAAUUGAGGGUCUCUUUUUCUUAAUAAAUGGUGGGUUGCAUCAUUCCAUGUAGUUCUAGACAUGUACUAGACCAUUUGUAUUUUAAAUUUUUUGUGAAAUAAAGUACUCAUUCAUCUGUC